UGGGUCCCUCCGUCGCCGCCGCCGCUGCCACCACCCCUGGCGGCUCCCGCUGCUGCCUCUGCCCUCCUCCGGUUCCGGGUGUCGCCCGCCGCCGCUCCGGGCCCCGGAGCACCGCCGAGCGGCUCGUCCCCAGCAGUGACUGCCGCCGCUUCCCCUCACAGGGCGCGGGACGGCGCGGGCAGGAUGCAGGCGCCGCCGCUGCAGUACGAGUUCUUCAGCGAGGAGAACGCGCCCAAGUGGCGGGGGCUGCUCGUGCCAGCCCUGAAGAAGGUUCAGAUGCAAGUCCACCCUAAGCUGUCAUCUACUGAAGAUGCUUUGCAGUAUGUUGAGGAGUUAAUACUGCAGUUGCUGAACAUGUUAUGCCAAGCUCAGCCAAGAAGCUUCCUGGAUGUAGAGGAUCGUGUACAAAAAAGCUUUCCCCAUCCUAUUGAUAAGUGGGCAAUAGCUGAUGCACAGUCUGCAAUUGAAAAGAGGAAGCGAAGAAAUCCAUUAUUUCUCCCAGUAGAAAAAAUUCACCCAUUGUUAAAAGAAGUUCUGGGCUAUAAAGUUGACCACCAAGUAUCUGUUUACAUAGUGGCAGUAUUAGAAUACAUUUCUGCAGAUAUCUUAAAGUUGGUUGGGAACUAUGUACGGAAUAUUAGACAUGAUGAAAUUACAAAGCAAGACAUCAAGGUGGCAAUGUGUGCUGAUAAGGUGUUGAUGGAUAUGUUCCAUCAGGAUGUAGAGGAUAUUAGUACGCUGACUUUAUCUGAUGAAGAGCCCUCUACUUCUGGAGAACAAACCUACUAUGAUCUUGUAAAGUCAUUCAUGGCAGAGGUUCGACAAUAUAUAAGAGAACUAAAUCUUGUAAUAAAAGUUUUUAGAGAACCUUUUAUUACCAACCCUAAGCUGUUUUCAGGUCAUGAUGUAGAAAAUAUAUUCAGUCGAAUAUCAGAUAUUCAUGAACUUAGUGUGAAGUUGUUGGGCCAUAUUGAAGACACAGUAGAAAUGACAGAUGAAGGUAGUCCCCAUCCCUUAGUUGGAAGCUGUUUUGAAGAUUUAGCUGAGGAGCUAGCAUUUGAUCCUUAUGAAUCAUACACUCAAGAUAUUUUGCGGACUGGUUUUCAUGACCAUUUUCUUAGCCUACUGUCAAAGCCUGGUGCAGCAUUCUAUUUACAGUCAAUAGGAGAUGGUUUUAAAGAAGCUGUUCAGUAUGUUUUACCCAGGCUGCUUCUAGUUCCUGUUUACCAUUGCCUUCACUAUUUUGAACUUUUAAAGCAAUUAGAAGAGAAAAGCAAAGAUCAAGAGGACAAAGAGUGUUUGAAGCAAGCAAUUACAGCCCUACUUAAUCUUCAGAGUAGUAUGGAAAGGAUAUGCUCAAAAAGUCUUGCAAAGAGAAGACUUAGUGAAUCUGCAUGCCGGUUCUAUAGUCAACAAAUGAAGGGAAAGCAGCUAGCGAUCAAGAAAAUGAACGAGAUCCAGAAGAACAUUGAUGGUUGGGAGGGUAAAGAUAUAGGACAGUGCUGCAAUGAAUUUAUAAUGGAGGGGACUCUCACACGUGUGGGUGCCAAGCAUGAAAGACAUAUAUUUCUCUUUGAUGGUUUAAUGAUUUGUUGUAAAUCAAAUCAUGGCCAGCCAAGAUUGCCUGGUGCUAGCAAUGCAGAAUAUCGUCUGAAAGAAAAGUUUCUCAUGCGGAAGGUACAGAUCAAUGAUAAAGAUGACACUAAUGAGUACAAGCAUGCCUUUGAAAUAAUUUUGAAAGAUGAGAACAGUGUUAUAUUUGCUGCAAAAUCGGCAGAAGAGAAAAACAACUGGAUGGCAGCCUUGAUCUCUUUACAGUAUAGAAGCACCCUGGAGCGAAUGUUAGAUGUAACAAUGCUACAAGAAGAGAAGGAGGAACAGAUGAGAUUUCCAAGUCCUGAGCUUUAUAGGUUUGCAGAACCUGAUUCUGAAGAGAAUAUUGUUUUUGAAGAAAACAUGCAGCCCAAAUCUGGAAUUCCUAUUAUCAAGGCAGGCACUGUUGUCAAACUCAUUGAGAGACUUACAUACCAUAUGUAUGCUGAUCCCAACUUUGUUCGAACAUUUCUUACAACAUAUAGAUCUUUUUGCAAGCCUCAGGAAUUACUGAGUCUCCUGAUAGAACGAUUUGAAAUUCCAGAACCUGAACCAACAGAAGCAGACCGCAUAGCUAUGGAGAAUGGAGAUCAACCUCUUAGCGCAGAGCUAAAAAGAUUUAGGAAGGAAUAUAUACAACCUGUACAGCUGCGAGUUCUAAAUGUAUGCCGGCACUGGGUGGAGCAUCACUUCUAUGAUUUUGAGAGAGAUGUAGAUUUACUGCAACGGUUGGAAGAAUUCAUUGGCACUGUCAGAGGUAAAGCUAUGAAGAAAUGGGUUGAGUCAAUUACAAAGAUAAUCCAUAGGAAAAAGCAAGCACAAGCAAUUGGGCCAAGUCACAAUAUUACUUUUGAAAGCUCACCACCUCCAAUUGAGUGGCAUAUUAGCAAGCCAGGACACAUUGAAACAUUUGACCUGCUUACGUUGCAUCCAAUAGAAAUUGCUCGACAGCUCACAUUACUUGAAUCUGAACUUUACAGAGCUGUGCAACCAUCAGAGCUGGUUGGAAGUGUAUGGACAAAAGAAGAUAAGGAAAUCAAUUCUCCUAACCUGCUCAAGAUGAUACGACAUACCACAAAUCUUACUUUGUGGUUUGAAAAAUGCAUUAUAGAAACAGAAAACCUAGAGGAAAGAGUAAUCGUAGUAUGCCGGAUAAUUGAAAUCUUGCAAGUUUUCCAAGAACUAAACAAUUUUAAUGGUGUUCUUGAAGUUGUCAGUGCUAUGAACUCUGCACCUAUUUACAGACUGGAUCAUACCUUUGAGCAAAUCCCAAGCCGCCAGAAAAAGAUUUUUGAAGAAGCUCAUGAACUGAGUGAAGACCAUCAUAAGAAAUACUUGGCAAAACUCAGGUCUAUUAAUCCUCCAUGUGUGCCUUUUUUUGGAAUUUAUUUAACAAACAUCUUGAAAACGGAAGAAGGCAAUCCUGAAUUUCUCAAACGACACGGGAAAGAACUUAUCAAUUUCAGUAAGCGGAGGAAGGUGGCUGAAAUAACAGGGGAGAUCCAACAGUACCAAAACCAGCCAUACUGCCUAAGAGGAGAAGCUGAUAUCAGAAAAUUUUUUGAAAAUCUGAAUCCAAUGGGAAAUAGCAUGGAAAAAGAGUUUGCAGAUUAUCUGUUCAACAAGUCUCUAGAAAUAGAGCCACGUAACGUCAAGCCACCCCCAAGAUUUCCCAAAAAGUAUACCUAUUCUCUCAAAUCUCCGGGUGUUCGUCCAUCAAACCCAAGACCAGGCACCAUGAGACACCCUACACCUCUGCAACAGGAGCCAAGAAAAAUCAGUUACAGUCGUGUCCCUGAGAGUGAAACAGAAAGUGCUGCUUCUGCGCCAAACUCUCCAAGAACACCUCUCACCCCACCUCCACCAUCGUCCACUUCCAGCACCACAGAUGUCUGCAGUGUCUUUGACUCUGAUCCCUCCACCCCUUUUCAUUCAAGGUCAGCUUCUGUGUCUUCCAUAACUUUUCCAAAAAGCUCAGAUGAAAUUACCGUUCCCCCUCCUAUUCCUCCCCGGAGACGUCCAGAAUCUGCUCCUGCUGAAUCUUCUCCUUCAAAGAUUUCUUCUGCACAUCUGGACAGCCCACCAGCAAUCCCUCCUCGGCAGCCGACAUCAAAAAUCUAUUCACCGAGAUACUCGGUGCCAGACAGGACCUCCAUCUCUGACCCCCCAGAAAGCCCACCUGUAUUGCCACCUCGAGAACCUGUACGAACUCCUGAUGUUUUCUCUAGUUCACCUCUCCAUCUCCAGCCACCACCCUUAGGCAGAAAAAGUGAACUGGGCAACACUUUCUUUCCCAACAGUCCUUCUCCAUUUACUCCGCCUCCCCCCCAGACGCCUUCUCCUCACGUUGUCCGGAGGCAUUUGCCAUCACCUCCUUUGAUACCCCAAGAUACGGACCUCCAUUCUGUUGCUGGGCCACCUGUUCCUCCUCGGCAAAGCACUUCUCAACAUAUCCCAAAGCUUCCUCCAAAAACUUACAAAAGGGAGCCCCCGCAUCCAUUGAUGCAUCGUGAUGGACCCCCUUUGCUGGAGAACGCCCACUCCACCUGAAUUCUCCCUUGUGCUCGAGAGAGAAGGCUUUCCCUGGUGCCAUGUCUGUUGCUGGCAAUAGAUGCACUGUACCUUGUGGGCACCAAGGAGUUGAGCUGUGUUGCUCCUAACACUAAAGACUCUACGUUUGAUAUUUGGUGUACAAGAAGAAGAAGAAAGAAUCUUAAUAACAGGCCCCUUAUCGUGAAUAAACUGUUGCUGUUUGUUAGUAUAGUAUGCAGGGCCCUGUUCUAAAGUCAGUGGACACCUGAAUGUACCAGAAAUCAGAUUUGCAGAUCUCUUUGGGCCAAUAAGCAGACAUUGUGCUUUGUGUAACGUCCUGUGAGGGAUAAAAUGCAUAGUCCUGUAUUCAUCUGUCCACCAUGAUGUAAGUUCUUGGAGUAAAAAUAUUAUGCACUUUUUAAAAAAAGAAUCUCAAACAGGGAACUUGAUAGGCUUCUUAAUUUUCUUUUGUUUUAUUCCCUGCUUUCAAAUCAUGAACUGGACUGUGAGGAAGAUCUGUGGUACUGAACUGAACCAACAUAGAGCUAAGACAUAGCACCGUACUGCAGUCCUGUUUACAAACUGUUACUAGUAAAUACAUGGGUACCUAGGCUUCACCAAAGAGGUACUUUCCUCCUCCUUUAUGAAUAUUAUGGUGCCAGUUCAAAAAGAAUUUUUUGCCAGUAAACAGAAUGCCUAACUUUUAACCGCCUUUAAACAAAUGAGAUUUAAGUCUUAUAUGAAUGACACCAAUGAUGCAAACUGCAAAACAAUGCUAUUGUCAGAGUUGAAUCUGUUUCUCCAUUUAGAAGACUGUUAAAUCUAGACUAGGUUAGGUCUUCAUUUUAAGGUUUACUGAUAACCCACUUAAUGGCUGGUAGUGCAACAUCUUUGAGACUAUGCCAUGAAAAUGCAAAAGAUGAUCCGCUGGCCAUAUUCCCUAGUUAUCACCAUGUUUUAACUAGCAGUAGGUAGAUGAAUAAUCAGCACCCAUAGAAUUGCCUUGUAGUUGCAUAAAUAAAUCAUAUGUAUAUAGUGAAUGUUGCAUAAAUAUACUUGCAAAUUGUUUUUAAUUUAAUUGAAAUAAAGAUACAGAUAUUU